AUUUAUGUGAAGAUAAAUUACAAAGAUCGGUAAAACAAAAUUUGUUAUCUUCUUAUCGUUUUAAAACAUAAACAAAGAUUUUCAUCUGUAGAUUGGAGCUAAGCUAUUAAAAGAAUGAGUAGAGCUCAAGUGAAGUCUAGUUUGGUGACGCAGAACUUGAUGCUGCGCGCUAACACGCUGCAGGCUACGUUCAACUUCAGAUCCAUCAAUGCAAGUUACGACAUCGUGACCAGCCCCGACAUUACGAUCAACGGCGCCGCCAACUUCCAGGUUAAGAUAAUCAUGACUCAGGAAUACGAGAUCCAAAUCUACCACAACCUCAUCUUCGUCAAAUUGUACAAAGUUCGCACGGACGACGACCUCACGUACACCAUGACCUUGUCCAGCAAACAUUUAGAGAUCGAGAACAAGACAUUUCCUUGCGAUGACGGCACAUGGCAUCUCAUUAAAGAGCUUCAAAACCCGAAUUUCGCUUUCGAUAUAAGCGUGGUAAUGAACAUAGUGCAAUGUGCUACGUUCGCCGCGCUGUACGACGAAGUCGACCUCAUGGACUUCGAACUGCGUGGCGAAGACGGGGCAGUGCGCAUGCACCGCGCCGUCCUCGCCGCCUACAGCCCUGUGCUGCGGCGCAUGCUCAACGGCAGCUGGCGCGAGACCGCAGAGGGCCACGUCGACGUUCCCGGCACCUCCAGGAAGACUCUCCAACACCUGAAGGAGUACAUGUACCUGCACACGCUGCCCGACACCGAUUUGGAGCCAAUUUUGGUGCUGGCGUCGUACUAUAUGAUGCAUGAGCUGGAGCAGAUGUGCGCGAACCGGCUGGUGGGUGCGCUGGUGGCGGAGAACGUGUGCGAGUUGCUGCACUUCGCGGCCAAGCAUCGCCUCACGCGACUGCUUCUCGCAGUGCUCGACUCCGUGCAGAACGGCGCCAUUAAAGUCAAAGACGUACGCGAACAUUACAUGCGUUCCAAAAUCCUAUGUGGUGAUGAAGAAGCUGGAAUAAAUAGCCCCAGUGAAAUUGCGAGUUGAAAGAAAACGCUGAUCCGUUGUGGACAAAAUGGACGUACCCACGUCCACAGCCCAUAUUAUA